UGGAGUUGGAUGCAAACUUCGUGAGGUAGAAGCUCUCCGCAAUGACUUGGAUGCUGUCCGGAGAUUAAAAGUGGAUUUAUGUGGGACUUGCUUCAGAAUUACGACAGAGAACCGCAAAAUAAACCAGGCCUCUGUCGGCUCCAUUAUAAACGCAGUUCAGUGGAAUUAGGGGAUUUAUCCUUGGGAUUUUAUAUUUUAAGUCAUUUUUUUGUUUCUUUUCCUUUCUCCCAUGCCCACUAUUGCUCAUAUUACGCAUUUGGGCACUGAUGUAAACUGUCAUGACAUUUUAACCGAAGUCAAAGCAAGUCAAGAAGCGCUUGUCCCAUAAAAAUCCCAGUAGCAGUCUGUUGUUCAGCCGCUGGUGUCUGCUAGCAGCGCGAGGAGAAGCCCAUAUUACAGACACAUUAGAGCCUCGCGCUCAGUGGAUCAAUAUGAGGCUCGCGAUACAUAGUAGCAGAUCUUGGCACUGACGGAUGCGUUGUCACGCGUAGGAGUCCAGAACCUCUCUCCAUCUCUCUGGCUUUUUUUCGGCACUCCCCCUCCUCCUCCUAGCAUCCCUAAUAAGACACAUGCUCCUGGGCUGGGUUGCUCACUCACGUUAGGAUCUCCUGGCUGUGACCGCCGGGAGCUUCUCUCUCCUCUCAGUUUCGCCCCCGGCUUCAUGGGUUGAAAGGCUCGGCUCGGCUCGUCUCUCAUCUCGCCAGGCUUUCCGCACCCAGAACUUCAUCGAUCUCAUCUUCAUCCUUGAGUGCUAUGGUUUGUUCUCCGAACAUGUACGGACUUGCAGCGGCAGAGGCCUCCAGCCAAGGGCGUCGUGGCCGGCUGUAGUCAACUUCGUUCCACCUGCCACAGCGUGAAAGGGGCCCCCUCAGCUGUGAUCUGUCUGCCAUAGCAGGGACUAUGCAUUUGGGACUGGUGGCGCUGGCAGUUGUCUUCCUCGGCUCCAUGGGUCACGGCGAUAACCUCAAGGCCUCCAAAGCAAGAAGACAGAGACGAAUAAGCACUGAAGUACCACCGUCGUGCUCGACUGGCUGUGAACACUGCUCAGAAUACAACGGCUGUCUUAAAUGUCGACCCCGGCUCUUCAUCCUACUGGAGCGGAAUGACAUCCGUCAGAUAGGCAUUUGCCUCGCUGCCUGUCCUGUUGGAUAUUACGGCAUUCGAAAUCGUGAUAUGAACAAAUGCACACAAUGUAAAAUAGAAAACUGUGAGGCAUGUUUUAGCCGAAACUUUUGCACAAAAUGUAAGGAGGGCCUGUACUCACACAGAGGACGGUGUUUCUCCAGCUGUCCUGAAGGAUUCACCGUCAAUGGCACCAUGGAGUGUGUAGUCCAAUGUGAUCUAAGUGAGUGGAGUCCGUGGGGCCCUUGCAUGAAGAAGAACAAAACAUGUGGCUUUAAAAAGGGUAACCAGACCCGUACCAGGGAGCCCAUACAGCUUCCAAGUCCUUCCACUUCCACUGGGGCCGCUCCGCCCUCGGGCUGUGUCCCAGAGACCCAGACCCAAAGAUGUACCGUGCAGAAAAAGAUCCCUUGCAAAGGAGAAACUAAGAAGAAUCCGCAAAACCGUGGAGAAAAAAAUGGCAAGAACCGCGGACGAGACUCCAAAGAAAAUGGCAAAGGGGGCAACAAGAAAAAAAAGACCCCGAACAGGUCCACCACUGUCCCCACCAUUACAACAAGCAUGGUGACCUAAUCUCAUGGUGGUGUCAGGUGGGCCUAAGAAAGGAGAAUGCCUGGCCCAUCUUCGUUGGCUCAAGACAAACGGUUUUUGAUUGUGACAAUAUCAAAAUUAUGCAAAAAAGAAAAAAAAAAAAGAAAAAAGGAAUAACGCUGCUACACGUAAAACAUGCUCAAUGAGAACUGGAGGAUUGCUGUACUGAAUAAUGAACUGCGUGAAUUGAGUAAAGUUUGAGGGAACCAAGGAACUGGGUUGGUUAGUCUCAUGCUAUUUGGAAGCAUUCAGAAAGACUGUGCGCUGUGCGUGUGCAGGGUCUUCUUUUUGUAAGCCUUCCCACAGGAAACAACAUUGUUUGUGGUUGGCGAAAUGUUCCAUAUGUUCCUCUUUAGACCUAUUGGAAAGGCUUCUGAACUAUAGACAUCACUGCAAAUGAGGCCUGCCGUCCUAACGUUGCCUAAAGAACAUCUAAAAUACAUUAGAAUCUCUUGUGGUUCACCUAAUCCAGCUGUAAUCACAUUCUUUUUUUUUUCUCCAGAGUUGGAACUCCUUAUGUUCGUGACAGGUAGCAAACAGUCUGGAGUCUGUUUCAGAGUGAAAAGUUUUUUUUUUUUUGAAGUGCUUUUUAUAUCUUUUUUCUGUUGUUUAUAACAAAAGAAGGCACUGGAACUGAUAUUGUGGUUUACAGAGAGAAUGUGGAGAAAGAAGAACUUUAAUGAUGAGGAAACUAUCCAAAAAUGAUGCAAAAAGUGUUAUUAUAUAUCACGAGACAAAGCACUUAUAACUUACAACCGAUGGAGUGGUUUUACUUGUUUUAGUGGUAUAUGUAAAAUAAAAGUUUUGCUAUUAGGGGAAAAUAAAUACAGUAUUUUCUGCACAGAAGGAGGCAGCAAUAAUACGAGGAAUGUACAGUGUUGAAGUAUGUGUAUGAAAGAUUGUGUGUGUGUGUGUGUGUGUCAGAUGUGUUGUUUGUUUUUGAAUCUGUGUUCUUGUGUGCACCUUUAUGUUGUGAAACGAGGGGAAGAGAGAGGCCAAGAGAUGUCUACAGUAUUGUGUGACUAAGCCAUUGAGGAACUAAACCAGCAUAACGCUUAAACUGCAUUGAUUAUAUGCUUUAUAGGUUUUUCAUUGCUCAGUUAUCAUGGUUCAGAUAGAUCCAAUAUAUCACAUCGUUCAUAACGCUUUGCAACAUACAGUAUCAAUAUCUGCAGUAAUGCUGUACAUCAUACAGUUAUCUACAUGUAGCAUCCAGUCACACUUUUCUUAGUCUGU